AUGAGUGAAUUUCAUAAAGAUGAUAGAGAUUUAGUGAGAAGAAUUUACAUUCAAAGAAAUCCUUGUCAGCCCAAAGACUUUGUAUUUCCUCAAACUUCUAUUUUUGGCAAAAACCGUCGCUUUUGUGCUAAGUGGUUUGAUACUUGGACUUGGCUUGAGUAUAGUGUGGAAAAGGAUGCUGCCUAUUGUUUCCCUUGUUAUCUAUUCAAGGACGAAAAUGCAUUUGGAGGUGAUGCUUUUGUUAGUGAUGGUUUCAAAUCAUGGAAUCGAUCGGAUUUAAUAAGAAAACAUGUCGGUAAUCCUGAAUAUUCUAAGGUUGUUUUGAAAAAUGCUCCUAGUAAUUGUCAACUUAUUUCUCCAAAAGUCCAAAAAGAUAUCAUAAAUGCAUGUGCAAAAGAGACCACUAAAGCAAUGCUUGAAGAUAUUGAUGGUGGUUUGUUUUCUAUCCUUGCUGAUGAGUCCGCUGAUGUUUCUGACAAGGAACAAUUGGCUCUUUGUUUGAGAUAUGUUAAUAGAAAGGGAGAAGUUUGUGAGUGUUUAAUUGUGCAUGUUGUAAACACUGCUUCUUUGACUCUCAAAACUGCUAUUGAAUCCUUAUUAAUGGAGCAUUCUUUGUCUUUCUCUCAAGUACGGGGUCAGGGUUAUGAUGGGGCAAGUAAUAUGCAAGGUUCUAUUAAUGGCCUUAGGACUCUUAUAGAGAAUGAGUGUAAAGAAGCUUAUUUUGUCCACUGCUUUGCUCACCAACUUCAAUUGACUCAAGUUGCACUUGCUAAAAAGAAUUCAGAUUGUGCUUGGUUAUUUGUUGAUGUACUUGCACCUCUCUUGAAUUUUGUGGGGGGUUUAAAUCAAGAACGUGGAUUAGGUAGACCUUGUGAUACUCGUUGGGGAUCUCACUUCAAGACAAUCUUGAAUGUACUUGAUUUAUUCCCUGUAAUCCUUGGUUCUCUUGAGGAUAUUGCAAAAGUAUCUGAUACAAUAGAUUCUAAUAGAGCUCAAACACUUACAAAUCUUCUGAUGUCCUUUGAUUUUGUGUUCGUGGCACACUUGAUGGUUAGUAUAUUUGCGAUAACAAAUGCUUUGAAUGUGGCCUUACAAAAGCACGAUCAAGACAUUGUGAAUGCAAUGGCCAUGGUUAAUGUAACCAAGACUAAUUUGCAAAAAAUGAGAGAUGAAGGAUGGGAUUCUCAUAUGGAAAAGGUAAUUUCUUUUAUUGGUGACUAUGUUAUUGCAGUUCCAGAUAUGGAGGCUAAAUAUGUUGUUCUCGGGAGGAGGUUGUUUAGAGGUAAAUGCCCACAAGUGUCUAAUCUACAUCAUUUUCGAGUUGAAGUUUUUUUUGGUGUCAUUGAUCUUCAAUUGCAAGAACUUGAUAAUCGAUUUCCCGAAAUAACGAAAGAACUACUUGUGUGUAUGUCUUGUUUGAGUCCUGUGGAUCGUUUUUCUAAGUUUGAUAAGGAAAAAUUGAUUAAGCUUGCGAAAUUCUAUCCUAAUGAAUUUCCAAGUUCAGAAUUGAUAGUCUUUGGUCAUACACUUGAGAGUUACAUUUGUUCUGCUAGAGGAUAUGAAAGGUUUUGGAGUUUGAAGGGUUUUAGUGAACUUUCAAUCAAAUUGGUUGAAACGGGAUUGUCUGAAACUCAUGAUAGGGUCUAUUUACUUUUGAAGUUGGUCUUGCUUCUUCCUGUCGCAACGACAAGUGUGGAAAGGGUAUUUUCUGGCAUGAAGCAAGUUAAAGACAAACUACGAAAUAGCAUGGGAGAUCAAAUGUUGAAUGAUUGUUUAAUUACUUAUUUGGAGAAUGAUUUGUUUUUUAAUGUUAGCAUGGAAGAUAUCAUAAAUCGAUAUCAAAACAUGAAAACUCGUCGAGAACUAUUGUAA